AUGGUCUUCUUCUCUAGUCUUGUCUGCAGGCUUAAUGCUACCACCACUAAGUCAACAACACAUUACAUCACCGUGCUUCACCGGUGGAAUCAUCACUCCACUACUCCGGCCAAAGACGAAUCUUCCGUCUCUAUCUCCACUCUUUCACCUCAAGACCGUAACAAGCUCUUAGCUAAGCUCCUAUCAAACAGCAACAGCCUAGCUCGUGUCCGCCGCAUCCAUGGCGACAUCUUCCGAUCACGCAUCCUCGACCAAGACCCGAUCCCUUUCUUACGCAACAACAUCAUGCGAGCCUACCUUCGCCACGACUCCCCUCUCGAUGCAAUCCAAGUCUACCUCGCUAUGGUCAGAUCAGAUGUGUUACCUGAUCGGUACACUCUCCCGAUCGUAACCAAAUCCGCCGUUCAAAUCCACGAUCUUCCCUUGGGAAAGCAGUUUCAUUCCGUCGCGGUCAAGCUAGGCUUCGUGCGAGACCAGUUCUGCGAGAGUGGGUUCAUAACCUUGUACUGUAAAGCGGGGAAGUUUAGGGAUGCACGCAAAGUGUUCGACGAAAAUCCCGAGAGAAAGUUGGGAUCCUGGAACGCGAUUAUCGCAGGGUUGAAUCAAGUGGCACGUGCCAAGGAGGCUGUGGAGAUGUUUGUUGAGAUGAAAAGAAGCGGGUUUGAGCCGGAUGACUUCACUAUGGUGAGUGUGACGUCAGCUUGUGGUGGAUUAGGUGACUUGGGGUUAGCUUUUCAGUUGCAUAGAUGUGUUCUUGAAGCUAUACCAGAAGAGAAGUCUGAUAUCAUGAUGAUGAAUUCGCUUAUUGACAUGUAUGGGAAGUGUGGGCGUAUGGAUUUAGCGAGCCAAGUGUUUGAUGAGAUGCCUGUGAGAAACGUUGUCUCGUGGACGUCUAUGAUCAUGAGUUACGCAGCUCACGGGAGGACGUUAGAGGCGUUGGAAGCGUUUCGUCGGAUGAGGGAGGCUGGUGUGAGACCAAACAAUGUCACGUUCGUUGGUGUACUCGGGGCUUGCGUCCAUGGAGGUCUUGUUGAAGAAGGGAAAGGCUAUUUCGAAAUGAUGAAGUCAGAGUUUGGUUUAGAGCCGGGUUUGUCUCACUACGGAUGCGUAGUUGAUCUGUUGAGCAGGGACGGGCGGCUUGAGGAGGCUAAGAUGAUGGUGGAAGGGAUGCCGAUGAAGCCUAGCGUGGCGGUUUGGGGUAGUUUGAUGGGUGGGUGUGAGAAGUUUGGGGAUGUUGAGAUGGCUGAGUGGGUGGCUAAACAUAUGGUUGAGCUUGAGCCCUGGAAUGAUGGUGUUUAUGUGGUUUUGGCUAAUGUGUAUGCAUCGAGAGAGAUGUGGAAAGAUGUUGAGAGGGUUAGGAAGUUGAUGAAGGAGAAUAAGCUUGUCAAGGUUCCUGGCUAUAGCUACUCUACGACAGGGCUUUAGAAAUCGCAUGCUUACGUAGUAGUGUCUUUCUUUUCAGACCUGAUCUAUUUUUGUUUUUUUAUCAUUAGGCUUACAUCUUUGUCUCCACUUACACUUAGUGGGAUAGUUUGCAAACAUCAUUAUCAUCAACAUAAUUAACCAAAUCAUUGUUUCCUAACUCGUUUUUUAUUAAUAACUAGGUUAAGAAC